UCAGCUUUUCUGUUACAAUUCUUCCUUCAACUUCUACCAGUAUUAUUUCCUUUUUCAUCCUUAUUUUGUAGUAUAGGAGUGAAUAAAUGGGUCUACCGACAACAAAUUCAAGUGCUCCGCUUCAAAACCAUAUGGUUUCACUGCAACUUGGUAAGAAUUCAGCUCCGCCUUCUCAUGUUUCUUCUAAUGCAGUGCCCCAUCUCCCCAUGCAAUUACCUAAUGGCUCUGGUCCUUGUCCCUUACUCGGCCCCUCGUCCUCCUUUGUUGCUGCUGGCCAAGCGGGUAUUCAACCAAUCAAUUCAAGCAAGUGAAACUUGUGAUAAAUUGUUAAGGGACAAUUCUAUAUUUGAAAGACGUCUUAUGGAAUUAAGAACCGAAAUUGAAGUACUCCAACAGGAUCGAAAUAACUUAAGGGCGAAUUUUUGUAGAUUUUAUGAAACAGCUUACAACGUUAGUGUCGAGCUUGCUUUGCAAACCGAGCUUAAUAGCCGUUAUUAUGGGAUUAUUCAAAGUAUGCUGCCUCAUUUAAACCCGGAAUUGCAAUCAAAAUACCAUCAUAAUCUUGAAUUAGCCAAAAAGUUGAAUCUUGGAGAAAUCGAAGAACAAGUGAACAAAGGCAGUUUGUUUAUGCCUCACAACUUCUUUGCUUACCACGAAGAGAGGAGAGGGGGGCACCCUUUUUCUACACGUUACCGAUCCGCUUCUCACAACAAUAUUAACCGUCCCUUUUCUGACGACAACGAAGGUCCUAAGAAAAGUAAGAUUGAAGUUGAAGAGGAAAGUAACCGUGAAAGCAGCGGGCCUUUUGGAGGCAGCAGAAGAGUGCGGCGUUCGGUUUCCGAUGAUGCCUAUGGCGGCCCCGGCCGUAUGACUUUUAGCUAUCCAAAUUCCGAUCAAUAUUCAACGAAUUAUGAGUUUUUAGACUCUUCUAACGAGCAAGGAGGAACUACAUUUAUUAAUUAUUAUGCGCGAGGCCGUCCGCCACUCAGCAUCAACGCCGCUCAAAACGGCCCAUACCCUUAUAAUAAACCGUACGCCUUUGUAUGUGAAGAAAACUCUGUGAAGCCCGUCGAGUUUCCUCCUGACGCUCGUGUUGGUCCUGACAUCCCUACGGGCGCGCAAUUUGUGGGAAAUUUGGAGCACAGCGAAGUUGUCUGCGCUGUGGCCAUUUCAAACAAUUCCCAACACAUUUUUACUGGCGGAAAAGGCGGUGUGAAAAUGUGGGAUUUGAAUAGUAGAAACAAAGUAGCUGAUUUGCCUUGUCUUGAGGACACAUAUAUUCGGUCCUGCAAAGUACUUCCAGGGGAUAGGAAAAUUUUGGUGGGAGGCGAGUGCGAUAGCCUUUUCCUAUGGGACGUUGGAAACGGGGCUCCUCGUAUAUUGGGGGAGCUUAAAUCAGAAACAGCCGCAUGCUACGCCAUGGCUAUUGCCCCUGCCACGGCUCGCCAGCGUUCGCCUAUUUGCUUUGCUUGCUGCAGUAACGGCAAUAUAAACGUGUGGGACGUGCAUAAUCAAGUGCUUAUCAGAUCUUUUAAAGGACACGAUGAAGGCGCUUCCUGUGUUGAUGUCUUUAGCGAUGGCAGUAAACUGGCGACUGGCGGGCUCGACCGGUGCGUCCGCGUGUGGGAUCUCGCAGAAGAUUCCGAGAUUCUCCAAUAUCCUUUUGAGCAUAAAGUUUUUGCGUUGGGCGUUUCUCCUACUUCCAAUUUCCUUGCUGUGGGUCUCAAAAGUAAUUAUGUGGAAGUUUUUGACCCGAAACAUACGCAGCGCGCUUAUCGUUUGGUUCUCCAUGAAAAUUGGGUUCUUUCCUUAAAGUUUUCUUCAAGGGGGAGAUGGUUUACCACUACAGGAAAAGAUAAAAUGUUAAUGUCCUGGCGAGCGCCUUAUGGUGCAUGCUUGUUCCAGAAGAGACAAUCUGAUUCGAUUUUAAGUUGUGACAUUUCGCUGGAUGAUCGCUAUAUUGUGACUGGUUCAGAAAAAAGGGCUACUGUAUAUGAACUGCAGUAUUAGCCCUCGCAAAGCACAAGAGAAGCGUAGAUAAAAAGAAAUUCUUGAGCGUCUUUUCUUGCAACUUUAAAGUUUCCUGGGCGAGUACGGCAUCACCAAUACUCGAAAUUAUAUAAAUGCUAUUCCUUUUUUAUUAUCAUUUUCA